UUCUCUCUGUCUCCUCCAUUGCCAAAGGCUAAAAUGGGUUGCAAGCCAUCUGAAAAUAAACCAAAAACUAAGCACAGGAAGGGCUUAUGGUCACCUGAGGAAGAUUUAAAGCUCAUAAACUAUGUCCUCAAACACGGCCAUGGUUGCUGGAGCUCUGUUCCCAUCAAUGCAGGAUUGCAGAGGAAUGGAAAGAGCUGCAGAUUAAGGUGGAUUAAUUACUUGAGACCGGGGUUAAAGCGCGGCUCGUUUACGCCGCAAGAGGAGGAGACGAUCCUCACCCUUCAUCAUUUGUUAGGCAACAAGUGGUCCCAAAUUGCACAAAACUUGCCCGGAAGAACAGAUAACGAGAUCAAGAACUACUGGCAUUCGUAUCUGAAGAAGAGGAUUGUGAAAGCCGAAGAAGCCGAAUCCCAGGCAACCAGGAGUCAGUGCACCACUUCAAGCUCAGAAAACAAAGAAUCCGCAUCGUCCCCUCAAAAUCUCUUGGACCAAACGCCAAGCUAUGCACCAGACAAUUACAUGGAACAAUCCUUGGUAAAUACUCAUCAAGCCAUUCCACAACAUUUUGACUUCUCCAAGAACCCUCAAAGAAACCCGAUUCCACCAAAGCUUUUAUUUGCGGAGUGGCUAUUGCUCGAUCAAGAAGUUGGGAGCUUCACAAAUUCAAGUAAGCCGAUGGCUGCCUCCUACGGACUUAACCACUGUCCGAGUUCGAACUUCCAGGAUCCGUUCCUGAAUGCAUAUUUGUUAAACGAGGGAGCAUAUGACGAUGAUCUUCAUUGUGAACUAAGCAACGCAUUUAGCUCACAAUUCAAGUUCGAUACCCAAAAUUCUGGAAAUGAAUUCGUUGGUUCUUUAUCCAGGGAUGAUAUAUGUAGCGAUUUCAAUAUAAACAACGAUUUAAUAUACAUAUGAAAAAGCCUGAAAAAAGAAAGUUUAUUUCACUGUAUAGAGAUGGUAUACCGCACAAAUAGACUAGAAGAGUUUGAAAGUUUGAUUAAUUGUUAUUCUUCCAUAAAAUUGUUCUUGGCGUGCCCAUGGUUGUUUCAAAGGACAGAU